AUGGACAUAAAACUAAAAAAUCCUGAAUUCUAUUACAGUAUCCAUGGCCAGUUCCCAGGGCUGUUGGACUGGGACAUGGCAAAUGAGCUCUUCUUGCCCUGCACCACAGACCAAUGCCCCUUAGCUGAGCAGAAAUACAGAUUUCAAGUAAUGGAGCCCCCAAAGGUGCCUCAAGAGAGGAGACCCGAUCCAGACGAAGAUGGUCCUGACUCUGAACCUAACUGUUGGAUGUGGGUAAAUCCCAACACCUUGUGCCCCCUUGGCAACCAGGAGGCCCUAAAGCCCAAUAAGGUAAAGGAUAUGACCAGCAUGCUGCCUUGCCCUCAGCAACUCCCAAAGGUUGAAAAGUCUAACUGCUCAAGGGCCACAGUGAUGGAAUUCUUUCCAACUUCCUCCAGCAAUCAAUCUCCCCCAAGCGGUUCACCUAGUUUCACAGCAAGGGAGUUCUCAGAAGAAUAAAGUGACAACUGCUCUGUGUCCCUCCAAUCCCCUAACAAAGGGGAGUGCUUCCAGAACCAAAAGCUAUGGCAAGGCAAUAGCCAGGAGAGGAGGUCCUGGGCCUGGCCUCCCCGUAAUUACAGUCACCCAGUUGCCCUGGCAUUAAGAAACACCCGACCUGGGGCACCUGGAAACACCCCACCUUGUGGCCUCAAUGUGCAAGAAAUCUACAAUUUCACCUGAGAGCAUUUUCCUUUUUGGGGGACAGCUCCAAAUUGCUGGAAAAACACCAUCUGCCACAAUCUCUGCUUCCUGAGCAGCUUUGAGAAGGUACCAGUCAACCUUCAGGAUGGAGCCAGUGUAAAACCACCGUCUGACCUCUGGAGGCUUACUGAGGAGGGACACCGCCACUUUCAGGAGGAGACAUGUGCUUGAGCCUCUGUUCGGUGGGAGAGCGUCCAGCAGCACAUGAGCCAGCCAGAUGUGAUGAACUCUCUCUUUGACCUUUGA